AUUUAUUUUUACAAAAAUUAGAUGAUGAGAUUAAGAAUGAACUUGAGCGUUGUCAGACUGAAUUACGCGCGGUAUCUGCUCACAACCAGACUCAGCUCAAGCGCCUUGUUAAGCUGGCGAGGGAGGAAAUGGCCCGCCAGGAAAUACGGAAUAAAUUGACUGAGGCGGAUGCUGAAGUAAAGGAGGCGUAUAAUCGUAUAUCCGCCGCCAGGGUCAAGAAGAGGUCCCCCACAAAGAAGGAGAAGGACAUGGCCUGGAAGGCGAUUAAGGACAGAGAGGCGAUCAUCAAACAGUUGGAAACUGUUUAAUACUCGUGUUCCUUUCAUAUUCUUCUAUUUAAUCUUUCUUUUUAUAUAUAUAUAUAUAUAUAUAUAUUUGUUGUCUGUAUGUUGGUUUGUUGUUCUAAAAAAGGCUGAUCAACAUAGCGUUCCUAAGGGGGAGUUUAGACCGGCCAGUAUUUUAAAUAAUUUAAAAUUUCAAGCAAAUAAAGAAGUGGAGCCAUUUUCUUCAUUAGUUUUGAAAUGUAAAUCUAAUAAUAAAAUACAUAUAAAUGUUGUUUUUGUUAUUUUAAUAAAAUUAGUGUUUACGCCUACUUAAAAUAUAGCAUUUUCAGAUUUUACAGAAAAUGAGUGGUUCAUUUCUCAAUUACCUAAUUGAAUUGUAAGAUAUCGUGUGUUGUCGUCUUCAAACCCUGAAAUUGCGGAUUACCCUACAAGAUGUCUGGCGGAUUUACAGCUAAUGGUCUCAAGAAAAAGCUGACGGAAUUAAAUGAUACGGCGCCCAGUAUUCAACAACUGUCACUUUGGAUAGUUCAUCACAAGAAACAUUAUAAGACAAUAGCUGAGACCUGGUUUAAGGAACUGCUAAGAACGGAGCCUGCCAAAAAACUUUCCUUUAUGUACCUGGCUAACGAUGUUGUACAAAACGUGAGAAAAACAAAACCGGAGUUUGUCAUUGAGUUCGGGGAGAAGAUGAUUGAUGUUUUCAAUCAUUUGGCCUGUGAGCAGCUUAGUGAGAAAACAGCUAGCAGCUUACACAGGUUGAUACUAAUCUGGGAAGAACGCCAGAUAUUCAAUCGUAAGCUAAUAGCAGUAAUAACAUCCAUCUGGAAGAACAGAGGCCGAAGCAGAGAACGUUCCUCUUACACUCCCCCUAUACCUCAGCAACUGUCCUAUGGAAGCCCUCAAGCCCAGUCCUACGCCAGUCCAUCACUCAAACGUCCAAUAACCCCCGACACACCCCCUGUCCCACCCGCAAAAAGGGAUAAUAAUGAUGCUCAGAGCAGUAUGUUUAUGGAGUCUGCUGGAGCUGAAGAAGGGAUUGAGGAUGCAUUUUCAGAGAAUGAAGUAACAGAGAAGAAUGGUGACAUGGAGGAAGAGUUGGAUGUAUCCAUUGGAGAUCCCCCAGAUUCAGAGGAGUUGAUUCAUGCCAUACAGGAGUUAGAUGAUGCAGCUAGUGGAGAUGCUGAUAUCAGGAAUGAGAUUGCUCUGCUACCCGAUGAUGUUUCUGAAUCCUGGAAAGUUUCUGAAAUUGCAUCCUUAGAGGAUGCAGAAGGAUUAUUCACAAGAGUAAAAUCAGCUAUAACUCUUCUGGAGGACUAUAAUCUGAGACUAGAGAAUGAGUUGAGGGAAAGGAGAAGGGUCAGCAGAAUGAUUUACGAAUUCCUGGUAGCUCAGAAAGUUCAGAUUUCAGGAUUGGAGGAUCGGAUAGAGAUAUACAAAGAUAAACUGGAUCAGAUUCGGAGUUUGGAGGAGGAGGUUCGGAGUCAUCUCUCUAGUUUACCAGACAUACCCUCCACAGACAAACCAAACCCAUUCAAAUAAUGUGCUGUAUGCUGCAGGACAGAUUUUUAAAUAAAUUCAGACAUUUUUUAAAUGAAAAGAGA